AUGGUUAAAACAACUCUUGAUCGCUGCUUAACUUGCCAAGCCCUUGGCCGACCCGGCCCACCAGCACCAAUCACCCCCACCACCAUGCCUGAUGGACCUUGGCAAACUGUUCAUGUCGACUUCUAUGGUCCUCUACCCACUGGAGAAUACCUUCUUGUCAUUGUAGAUAGAUAUUCUCGGUUUCCCGAGGUCGAAAUUGUCCACUCCACGAGAGCCUCUACUGUGAUACCAAAACUCGACAAGAUCUUUGCCGUUCAUGGCAUUCCUACCCUUCUCAAAAGCGACAAUGGUCCCCUUUUCAAUGGCGAAGAAUACCAACGCUAUCUCACUGCCCUUGGAAUAAAGGCAAUCUUCUCUACUCCCAAAUGGCCCCAAGGCAACGCUGAGGUAGAACGCUUCAUGCAACCCUUGGGCAAAUCCCUGAAAGCUGCUAAACUUGACGGUCGUCCAUGGAAACAAGAGCUAAGUCGUUUCCUGUUGCACUAUCGCACCACACCGCAUUGUACCACUGGUGUUCCACCCUCUGAACUGUUAUUUAAUCGCCAAGUUCAAGGAAAGCUUCCUAUUUUACAAAAACGCAAUCUCGUUAACCGUCACAACGAGGCUCGGGAAAAGGAAGGUGAAAGACAACAGUAUAACAAACGUUACGCUGAUGAAAAGAGAAACGUUAGAGAAAGCCCAAUAAAAGUUGGCGACUACGUUUUGUGGAAGCAAGAGAGACGGAACAAACUCACCCCUAAUUUCAAUGAAACACCCCACAUUGUCAUCUCGCGAAACAACAACACGGUGACAGCACGUAGUCAGACAGGACACACUAUAACUCGCAAUGUAUCACACUUCAAGCCAAUACCGAAGCCAAAGAUUGAUGUUCAAGUCGACGACGACGAUGACAGUGAAACGUAUGACGCGGAAAGGACCGAACGAGACAGAGUUGACACUAGUAACCCUGAGCCAAGACGAUCGACAAGGAAUGUCAGGCAACCAGAACGAUAUGGCGAGGGAAUUCCCUCGUCGGUAAUUAGAUAAAAAAAGGGGAGUGAUAUAGUAAUGACGUCAUGUCAUUCACUCGGCACCAGGACUAUACGGUCGGAACUAAUUAAAUAUAUAGAUAUAGGACACGUUGUGUAGAAGACACACACACACUAAAACACCAAUAAGAACUAUAUCGUUAUGUUAUACUAAAUAUAUUCUAUAGCACAAAUAUAUACCUAGUACUUAGAUAUUACAAGGUUGAGGAGUUUCUGGCAUCGUUCAAAGAGCGAUGCCGUAUGUUAUACCAACCGUACCAGAAUAUUGCUGUAGAUGAACGCAUGGUAAAGUCUAAGCAUAGGUCAGGGAUUAGGCAAUACAUGAAGAAUAAGCCUACAAAAUGGGGGAUAAAGCUCUGGGUAUUGGCAGAUAGUUCAAAUGGGUAUACAAUUGAUUUCAAUGUUUACAUAGGUAAGUCACAGCAUGAAGUACCGUCGCAGAAUGGCCUUGGUUAUGAUGUGGUGAUGAAGUUGGUGAACCCAUAUUUGGGGCAGGGGUAUCAUGUAUUUUUUGAUAAUUUUUUUUCAUCCCCUAAGUUAGUCCAAGAUUUGUUCAUGAAUGGGACCCCAUCAUCAGGCACAUGUAAAACUAACAGGGAUGGUUUCCCCGAAUCCAUGAAGGAUGUGAAGGUGUGGGUGAGGAAGUUGGAGCGAGGUAGCAUGCGAUGGGCAAGGGAAUCCAAUGUGUUAUCCCUGCAAUGGGUUGAUAACAGGCCUGUUUCCUUGAUUACAUCAAUUGAUUAUGCGAAUGAUAAAAAGGAUGUGGAGAGAAGGACGAAAACGAAAGGAGUGUUUGAAAAG